AUGGUCGAUUCCAAGCCAGAAGCACCCCAAUCGUGGCCGUUGGGCGAUGCAACAGCAGAGAACGUCAAAGCACCUAGCCCCGAGAAGUUUAAACCAGGAUGGCGCUUCCUGGCUGCUUUUGGCAGUCUUUGCAUCAUAACACUCAUGGCUGCACUAGACGCUACUUCGAUAUCAGUCGCACUUCCAGUCAUGGCCAAAGCACUAGGCGGAACUGCGAUCGAGGCUUUCUGGAGCGGGACUGCCUUUUUGCUAACCUCUACUGUUUUUCAACCCAUCCUCGGAUCCUUUUCACAUAUUUUCGGAAGGAAGUCCUUGAUAUACAUCAGCCUGGUUUUCUUCCUAAUCGGAUCGAUCGUACCCGGCCUCGCUGAGAACUUCACUGUGAUCCUAGUUGGCCGAUCUAUCCAGGGUAUCGGAGGUGGCGGCAUACUAUGUUUGACUGAAAUGGUCAUCGUCGAUACUGUGCCUCUGCGUGAGCGAGGAAAUUGGCUCAGCGUCUUCGGCGUCAUGUGGGCACUUGGUACUGUUACAGGGCCUCUACUUGGUGGUGGCUUCGCAGAGAAAGUUAGCUGGCGUUGGGUUUUCUACAUCAAUCUACCCUUCCUCGCCAUUGGUGCUAUUAUGAUUACAAUCUUCCUCCAGCUCAAUCAGAAACACGGCGCCUUCCUUAGCAAGCUCCGACAAGUCGACUGGAUUGGCAUGAUACUGUUCGUCGCUUCCAUGACUGGCUUUUUGAUACCUGUCACUUGGGGCGGAGUUCAAUAUGCCUGGGAUUCCUGGCAUACGCUUGUGCCCCUCAUCCUCUCUGCUGCAGGCUUGAUUGCAUUCAUUGCAUACAUCGAGUUCUUUGCCCCCAACCCGCUCAUUCGCACCUCGGUAUUCAAGACCAAGUCGGCCGCAAUACUCUACACUUCUACAGUCAUCCACGGCCUCAUCCUGUGGAGUAUUCUCUACUAUCUGCCUUUAUAUUUUCAGGCCGUGAAGGGAUAUGGUCCUAUACUCUCAGGAGUCGCAGUGUUCCCAUGGACGUUCACUGUUGCACCAGCUUCCAUUGCAACAGGCAUUGCCAUUGCCGUAACGGGUAAAUACCGGUGGGCAAACCGCGCCGGAUGGGUGAUCACCACGUUGGGCAUGGGCGUCUUGAUCCUCCUCAAACCCAAUACUUCCACUGUCUCGUGGAUUUUCCUGAACCUAGUGGGCGGCAUCGGAACGGGCGUGCUGUUCCCAGCUAUGGCUUUGGCAGUGCAAGCUUCGGCGACUGCCAAAGACCAGGCCUACGCUGCGAACAUGUUUUCUUUUCUUCGCGCCUUUGGUCAAACGCUGGGUGUCGCCAUUGGCGGUGUCAUCUUUCAGAACCAGAUGAGAAAGAAGAUGCUUACUUUUCCCCUCCUCGCUGAUAUGGCGGGCGAGUACUCCCGAGACGCUGCGGGUCUAGUCGGAAUCAUCCGGGAUAUGCCUGCCGGAGAGAUGAAGGAACAACUCAGGGAAAGUUACACGGACGCGCUCAAGUACAUAUGGAUUGUUAUGUUGGCGUUCAGCGCUGUGGCCUUGCUUGGCAGCUGGUUCAUUGAGGCUUACGAUAUGAACAUGGAAAACGAGACGGAGAUGGGAUUUGUCGAUAAGGAUAGGGUUGCCGAUGUGGAGAAGAAACAGCCGGUCGCAUGA